UAAAAGUUGCCCCGGCGCUUCAGCCUCGCCGUUAUCCCCACCCGGUGCGCGGGUCUGCAGCGGCAGGGGUCGGCCAGCAGCCGCCACGUCCUGCAGGCACUAGGACGGGCAGCCCGGAGGGGGCCUGCAGCGGGAGGGCCCGGCGACGCGGCUGUAGCCAUGGCAACCCCCCCGGUGGAGCGGGCCAGGCCCGGGCCGGCGGCGGGAAGAGGCCGCCACCGAGGAAGCGCUUUCCUGCCCGGUCCCGCCGGUGCCUGAGUGAGCUUUGACAUUGCUGAGCACACCUCUGAUAAAACCGAUCACGCUUGAGCCAGCAGCAAGAACUGUAAUGACAUACAUCGCAAAGAAGUGCGGGGUCUGCUUUCAGCCUCCAUCCAUUAUCCUGAUCUACAAAGAAGACAACAAGGACAAGACUCGCCAGCGCAUCAUGCCUGUCAGAAAUUUCUCCAAGUUCUCAGACUGUGGCUUGGCUGCUGAGCAGCUGAAGAAUAACCCUCGGCACAAGGCUUACCUAGAAGGGGUCUCGCUGCAUCAACUACAGAAGCUGUACGGUUUGCUGAAAGGUCAUCUGGGAGGAGAGAGCCUGGCCGAAAGCUUGGAAAAGUUUCGGCAGGAAGAGACCAUUGACCCAGAGGAGGAUAUGAACAAACUAGAUGACAAGGAACUAGCCAAAAGGAAGAGCAUCAUGGAUGAGCUCUUCGAAAAGAACAGGAAGAAGAAGGACGACCCAGAUUUUGUCUACAACAUUGAGGUUGAGUUUCCACAGGAUGAGCAGCUUGAGUCCUGUGGCUGGGAUGUGGAGUCAGGCGAAGAAAUCUGAUUCCGGACAAAGAUGUCUUGGAUGAGCAAUUCAGAGACACAUCUCACAGUCCAAACAGCGAGAAUGAUGUCAGCGUACGUAUUCUGCUGCAUCGUUUUCAGUUCGUGCCAUUGAUGCACGUUAUUACAUUGGCUACGGAGAAUCCAAGGCCUAAGGUGCUACAGCGGAUUUCAGGUUUAAGUGAAUUUUGUUUAAGAAGCCAGACUUGACGAAAUGGAAAUUGGGCAGCUGAAUGUAUUGGGUGUUUUUAGUCUUUUCCUAUGUACGAGUGCCUAAAUAAUUUUAAAUUAUUUACUCUUUCAUUCGUUUACUUUUCCGUCAGCUUUGGCUGAAAACUCUACCAGCCUGCCUUGCUGUGAUUUCUAUUCAGCUUCAUCUGAAAAUGAAGCAUUAAAUAUUUAUGUCUUGAAAGCAAUGCUAAAGCUUUAUUGCAUACGUGUAGUAUUUAUUAUUACUUGUUGGAAUGUUAAAUAUAUCCUAGUCUU